GCAUCUGAUCCCGCACGAGCUCUGCACUCAGCCGCGGGAAACGGCGCGCGCAGGACGAAGAGACUCAAACUAUCGAUCCUCCACGCGUUUCCUUUAUAAACCAUCAUAUUGGUCGCUGUUUCUGAACGCUGGAUUACGCGCACUGCAGGAGCCCUUGGAUUUACCGGUCAGGAUGAGCAGUCGGCUGGACACAGCUCGUGGUGAACGCUCCUCGUGUGGUGUGACAGAGUGAGUGAUGCCGGGCUGCUGGUGAGGAAUGUCCGUCUGUUUACUCCUGGCCCUCUUCACACUGACCACACACACUCAGGUGUCCUCUGGAAAGUCUUUGAAGCUGUUGCAGGAACAAUGGAGGAGCUACACGAAUGAAUGUAUUCAGAGCUUCAUCAAUACUCCACCAGCCUCUGGGUUGGUGUGUAACAGAACAUUUGAUCAGUAUGUGUGCUGGCCCGAUGGCUCUCCUGGCACUGUUGUUAACGUGUCCUGCCCGUGGUAUUUACCCUGGUAUCAUAAAGUUCAGCAGGGUCUGGUGUAUCGCGUGUGCAGUGCUGACGGCAGAUGGACACACAGUAAAAACACCAGCGAGUGUGAACAGGACGAUCCGGGACAGAGGCAGUACGGUCAGAUUCUGGGUAAAUUCAGAGCCAUGUACACCGUGGGUUACUCACUCUCUCUCGGAGCGUUGAUUCUUGCCCUCGGCAUUCUGGUGACCUUCCGGAAGUUGCAUUGCAUGAGGAACAACAUCCACAUGAAUCUGUUCGGUUCCUUCAUCCUGCGCGCUCUCUCCAUCCUCAUCAAAGACGCACUGCUGGAUCAGAUGAACAGGGUUCAGAGCGGACCGCAUCAUUAUCAGGGUCAGCGCUGGGUCGACAUGCAGACUGUCACUGGGUGUCGUGUCGCCAUGGUGAUGAUGCAGUACAGCGUCAUGGCAAAUAACUAUUGGCUGCUGGUGGAGGGCUUGUACCUGCACAGUCUCCUGGUCAUCGCCGUUUUCUCGGAGAGGAAUUACUUCUAUAUAUAUCUGUGCAUCGGAUGGGGUGCGCCUCUUAUUUUCGUGCUGCCGUGGGUCGCAGUCAAAUACCUGUAUGAGAAUCAAGAAUGUUGGGAAAGGAAUAUUAACAUGGGUUAUUGGUGGAUCAUUCGCUCCCCCAUUCUGUUCGCAUAUCUGAUCAACUUCAUUAUUUUCAUUCGUAUAAUAAAGAUUCUGAUGUCCAAGCUGAAGGCCCAUCAGAUGAGAUACACCGACUAUAAAUUCAGGCUGGCAAAGUCCACUCUCACCCUCAUCCCGCUGUUGGGAAUUCACGCCAUCCUCUUCACCUUCGUCAUCGAUGAAUCCGUGCCAAAGGAAUCUCUUCUGAGGCUCAUCCGCCUCUUCUACGACCUCCUCUUCAGCUCCUUCCAGGGUCUCCUCGUGGCCAUCCUGUACUGCUUUGUCAACAAAGAGGUCCAGAGUGAGAUGUUGAAGAAGUGGAAGAGGUGGAAACUCGGAAAAGAUAUUGAAGAAGAAUACCGUCACACUCACAGUCAAACACCCCAUGCCAAAAGCGGCAGUAUCGCCCUGGCGAUGACCCACGAAUGCCCUGACACCCCUGAGCAGGCGGACUCAGCCCCGCCCUCUACCGAGUCCCAGUGUUUAGUGACUGCCCUUCACAAUGGAUUGAAUAGAAGCCGCGGCCGAAUUCGGUUGCAGUUGACCUCCGGGCCAGAGGAGGGCGCCAGUAACUGCAGCUCUCUGACGGACGUUUGUCUUGAAGAGCGUCCGCUUAACGGCGAGUGCAUGGAGAUCAUGACGGAAACCAACGUUUGAGGGAUAACCGUAAUGGUUCGGUCGUAACUGUGGUGAGACAGAUAUUCUUCAUUUAAUGAUUUGCUUUUUCAGUAUUAAAAUCAACAGAGAAGAAAUGACCGUCAUUAGCUCAUUCUCAUGGCCAUUAUCAUGACAAUGCAGGGAACAACACUGACAUGUGGAGCUAGAAAACUCUGUAAAAAUUGAACUUUGCUUUGACAUUCUCUCCACUCAACAAAAAUACACUGCCCGUCCAAAAAAAGUCACACACUCUAAUAUUUCGUUGGACUGCCUUUAGCUUUCAUUACAGCACGCAUUCGCCAUGGCAUCUUUUCGAUAAGCUUCUGCAAUGUCACAACAUUUGUUCCCGUCCAGAGUUGCAUUCAUUUUUCGCCAAGAUCUUGUAUUGAUGAUGGGAGAGCCGCUACCGCAAAGUCUUUUCCAGCACAUCCCAAAGAUUCUCAAUGGGGUUAAGGUCUGGACUCUGUGGUGGCCAAUCCAUGUGUGAAAAUGAUGUCUCAUGAUCCCUGAACCACUCUUUCACAAUUUCAGCCCGAUGAAUCCUGGCAUUGUCAUCUUGGAAUAUGCCCGUGCCGUCAGGGAAGAAAGAACCCAUUGAUGGAAUAACCUGGUCAUUCAGUAUAUUCAGGUAGUCAGCUGACCUCAUUCUUUGGGCACAUAACGUUGCUGAACCUAGACCUCCAAUCCAAUGGGAGGCUCUUACCUAUUUGCUUAAUUAAAUCCAGGUGGUGUCUUUGUUUUGGACGGGCAGUGUAGUAUUAUGAAUUAUAGAUGGUCGCUAUGAGAAGCAUUACUGCUGUAAAAGUUCAAAAAAGAGGUGCUUUAAACACCUUCAUCCUAAGUAUUGAUCUUCUUCAGCCAUCUGGACUCACCAGAACAUUAUCGAGAUGUUGGCUUGUGUGAGUUUUUUCCAGAAGAAAAUGCCAAUAGAGCCUCUUGGCUAUUUACUCAUUCUGGAGUUCAAUCCAAUUUCAAUUGAGUCGCUCACCAAAACACCUCGCACUCAUAUAAAGAACGAUCUGUGAGGCGUGUGACAGAUCAUUCAUAAUUCAGAAGCAUUUCCACAGAACGCUCGACCUCAUGAGCGGUCAGAUCUUCAGACGGGAUACUCACAAACGGAUGUGUCAAUCAAAGAUCAUCGGACGCUUGUGAUGAAUACAGCUGUGCUUGAUGUUUCACGCGAGAUAUCGGUUUGUGUUAUUAUGAACAAACAUUUUUAUAUACUCGCAUACAUGUGUUGUGAACUCUCCGACGUGUUUUUAAAGCAUACAGUGUAAUGUUACUGUGUGAAUUCGCUUAAACAACACGCAUGCAUCAGUUGGAGUGCCAUUCGAAGCCCGAACUACCCAAAGACAAGCAACUCAACUGAGAGACUUCAGGAAUGUUUCCUUACGAUUCCCUCGUGAAAGACUUGUGGGAUUGUGGGGGACCCCAGACGGCAUUCAAGAGCGACUGUACGAAUCAUUGCUUAUGGAAAAUAACAUGCCUAAUCUUUCCAUGUUUGGGUGCAAAGGGUUUGUUUGGCUCUAAGCCAUGUCAUUUCAACAUUACCGAUUACAUUGAUGCUUAAAGGCGGGGUAACUGAUUUCCGAAUUACGCUUUAGACAACUGAGUCGGGCCGAGUACCAAAACUACCUUGUAGCCAAUCAGCAGUAAGGUGCACAGUGCACAGGACGGACAUUAGCUGAGCGCUGACGAAAGCGAAAGAUGGGGGUAGGGGUGUGUCUGUUUUGGUGAUUUGAACAUCAAAAAUGGCUAAGAGAAAUCGGACACCCCGCCUUUAAUGCACAAAACUUUUUAUUAAAAAUGUUGCCCAUCGUUAGUAUAUUGAAAAUAAAGAUGGCAGGUUUGAUGUUGUUUAGAACAAAUAUAGCUUGUGUUAAAGCUUAAAUAAUGUUUCUUUUAUACGCCACGUCAUAACAUGGAAUUUAGCGUGUUUCGAGUACCGGACAUCCUGUGAAUUUGAUGCAUCCGCUUCAUUCGUAUGUUCAUUUGUUUCUACGCUUAUACGAGAAAGGUUAUGUAAUUAUGGAACAUACUGUAUAUGUGAAAGAAAGAGUUAAUGAAUUAUUGAGACAUAAAGAAGGACUGUACAAAUAAAAGUCCCUGCUGUGGUUUGCACAGUAAAUGU